GGCACCGAGCGCUGCCGAGCUGGGCUACGUCGAUGGCGGUCGGGGCGGAACCCGGGGGCCCUGACAGCUUUGCGAAGCGGGUCCUGGUGACCGGCGGUGCUGGCUUCAUUGCAUCACAUGUGAUUGUCUCCUUAGUAGAAGAUUAUCCAAAUUAUAUGAUCAUAAAUCUAGACAAGCUGGAUUAUUGUGCAAGUCUGAAGAAUCUUGAAGCCAUUUCUAGCAAACAAAACUACAAAUUUAUACAGGGCGACAUAUGUGAUUUGCCCUUUGUAAAGCUGCUCUUUGAAACAGAGCAGAUAGAUAUAGUUCUACACUUUGCUGCACAAACACACGUAGAUCUUUCAUUUGUCCGAGCUUUUGAGUUUACAUAUGUUAAUGUCUAUGGCACUCAUGUUUUGGUAAGUGCUGCUCAUGAAGCCAGAGUUGAGAAAUUUAUUUACAUCAGCACAGAUGAAGUAUACGGAGGCAGUGUUGAUCAGGAAUUUGAUGAGUCUUCACCCAAGCAGCCUACAAAUCCUUACGCAUCAUCUAAGGCGGCUGCUGAAUGUUUUGUACAGUCAUAUUGGGAACAACACAAGUUUCCAGUUGUCAUUACAAGAAUCAGUAAUGUUUAUGGACCACAUCAAUAUCCAGAAAAGGUUAUUCCAAAAUUUAUAUCUUUAUUACAACACAACAGGAAAUGCUGCAUCCAUGGCUCAGGGCUUCAAAGAAGAAAUUUCCUCUAUGCCACCGACGUAGUAGAAGCACUUCUCACUGUCCUCAGAAAGGGAAAGCCAGGCGAAGUUUAUAACAUUGGAACCAAUUUUGAAAUGUCAGUUGUCCAGCUUGCCAAAGAACUAAUACAUCUGACGCUCAUCCAUCCAGCUAUUCAAGAGAGCUGCCCGACUUCCACUGGAGAAAGCUCUAAGGAGCAAGCGAAAAGGGCCGUGUGCGAUCAGCGGGAUUUCACCGGAGGGGGAAAUAAAAGAUUAAACACAUGGAUGGUGGGCACUGUGGAAUGUGAGGCCUUGCAGAAGCACCGGAUCCGCUUCAGAGUUCUUUCUUGUAUCCUGGAGGCACACAUUGGAGGUCGCAUGGUGUGUCCCAAUUCAUCUGUCAGUUCUCCAGCUGACCAUCCAGGUGAUCCUCUGGUGCAAGGCAGUGUGAAAUCUACACAACAGCAGCAGCGUCUUUAA